AUGAGUGAAUUGAAAUUAAAGGAUUUAAAAAAUAUGCUUACGGACAAUGAACUCGAUCUAAGUACACAGCAAAUUACAACAAUACCUGUUAAAGCUUUGAGUUUAUUGCCACGUGCGACGUGUAUUGACUUCUCGAAUAACAGUAUAACGAAAAUAUCACCAGAAUUUUGUCAAUUAAUUCAUUUAACUAAAUUGGAUUUUGCCAAGAAUAAAAUUAUACAACUACCAGAUGAUUUUGGAAAAUUGAUCAAUUUAACUUAUUUGGAUUUGUAUAAAAAUCGGAUUAAAGAUUUGCCUCUGUCAUUUGGUAAUUUACUGAAUUUAAAAUGGCUUGAUUUGAAAGGAAACCCUCUCGAGUCAGAAUUGGAAAAAUUUGCCAAUGAGUGUGAAGAUGAAAAAGGCUACAAGAGAACUGCAGUUCGAGUUGUGCAAUUAAUGCAAAAACGAGCUAUUGUCCAACAUGAAAUGGUUAAUAAUCAGAAUGAGUUUAGAAAACGUAUUUUUUCAAUCAUAUUCAAUUAUUAUCUAUCUAAAUUGCUACUGUUUGAAUUACGUCCGAAAAAAAAGAAAAAGAAGAAAACCAAAGAAAUUUUGGCAUGUUUACCGAAUGUCAACGUUACAGAACAGCUUCUUACUUCUGAAGAAGAAGGUUUUAUCUUAAAUAUUUUGGUUUAA